GUGCAGUCAGUGAGCGCAGAAACCAAGCAAUGCCAAAAUAAAUGAAUGAUGGCCGCGUUAUCGUCGCCUCUCCGCGUUUGCCGUGGGAUAUUGAGAGAAAUACGCACGUUAAAAGGACCAACGUACAAACAGUCGAUGGCAUAUAAUUAUGUUAUAGAUCAGUUCCGGAAAAACGACCUUCCCGUCUGCCCCCAGGUCACAGGAGAGCGGUACUGUCGGGCCCAACAGGAGGCCCUACACGCUUCCCAGACCUACCUGUGCAUGCUGGCCUCCACCAGGAACCACAUGGUCCUCCACCAGCUCUACCACAGCAAGGGCCAGCGCGGCACCGAGGAGAUGGCAGGGAUUGUGGGGCUGCGGCUGCCCACUCAGCCUGGGGGCAAGGGCUGGGAGAAGUGAGGAGGAGGAGGGGACACUCGCAGACACUCCGUGAAAGGCGUGAAAGGGACCAGACCUUUCUCCCUAAUCCCUCUACCCCCCCCCCCCCCCCUCCCCUCCCUCCCCCUCAUACUGAUCCUGAUAGUCGAUAAAGGCUGUCAUGGACAAGGAAGGAUUGUGACGUGCGGCGGGAGGGAAAGGGAGAAUGAAAGCUAUUAGGAGCCGUGUUUUUGGGUUAGCCAUAAAGAGCUGUGAUGUUAGAUUUACGAAUUUCUCUCCUACACUUAUUGUUUUUGUAGUACUGGAUGAAACAGCUGUAACAAUGACAAUAUGUACAUAUUUAUUUUUUGUGUUCAACCUUGCCCAAUAAAGUUUCAUUCAUGGUUCCAA